AUGAGCUGGGUUUUAGAAGAGUGGAAGGAAGGCCUGCCGACAAGAGCUCUUCAGAAAAUUCAAGAACUUGAAGGACAGCUUGACAAAUUAAAGAAAGAAAGGCAGCAAAGGCAGUUUCAGCUCGAAACUCUGGAGGCUGCAUUGCAGAAGCAAAAGCAGAAGGUUGAAAAUGAAAAAACAGAGGGCACGAACCUGAAAAGGGAGAACCAACGCUUGAUGGAGAUGUGUGAGAAUCUGGAGAAAACUAAGCAGAAGAUGUCUCAUGAACUUCAAGUCAAGGAGUCCCAAGUGAAUUUCCAGGAAGGACAACUGAAUUCAAGCAAAAAACAAAUCGAACAGCUGGAACAGGAACUUAAAAGGUAUAAAUCUGAGCUUGACAGAAGCCAACACUCUGCGACAUCUGCAGACGUCUCUCUGAAUCCCGGGGGAACACCACAGAAAGUCUUUCCAACUCCACCCACACCUAGUCAGCAUUACAGUGGUUCCAGGUAUGAAGACCUAAAAGAAAAAUAUAAUAAAGAAGUUGAAGAACGAAGAAAAUUAGAGGCAGAGGUUAAAACCUUGCAUGCUAAAAAAGCAAGUCCUGCUGUUUCCCAAAGCAGCAUGAAUCACCGAGAGAUUGCUCGACAUCAGGCGUCCUCGUCUGUGUUCUCAUGGCAACAGGAGAAGACCCCAAGUCAUCGCCUUUCAUCUAGCACUCGGAAAACUCUGAGUAGGAGAGGCUUCUCUGCAUCUGACUUUGCUGGGGAACAAGACGUGCCGCCAAGUAGGUCAGCUGUGCACGUAGGGCAGAAAGACAUGAACGGCAGCAUCUGUGAUGAUUCCAGCCAUACUCAUCUGGACCAACUAAAAGCCCAGAAUCAAGAACUAAGAAGCCAGAUUAGUGAAUUGGAAGUACAUCUACAAGGAAAAGAAAAAGAAAUGAAAAGCCAAAUGAAUAAAUUUCAAGAACUCCAACUCCAACUAGAGACAGCAAAAGUAGAGAUAUCUGACAAAGAGAAAGUUUUGAACAAAAAUAGGGAUGAACUAGUGAGAACAACAGCACAGUACGACCAGGCAUCGACUAAGUGUGCUACAUUGGAACAGAAACUAAAAAAAUUGACUGAAGAUUUGAGUUGUCAGCGACAAAAUGCAGAAAGUGCCAGAUAUUCCCUUGAACAAAAAAUCAAGGAAAGGGAAAAGGAGUUUCAGCAGGAGCUUGCCUGUCGGCAGCUGUCUUUCCAAACCUUGGACCAAGAGUGCACUCAGAUGAAAGCCAAACUUACCCAGGAGCUACAGCAGGCCAAGAAUACUCAUAAUAUCCUACAGGCUGAAUUGGAUAAAGUCACAUCAGGAAAGCAACAGUUAGAAAAAAAAUUGGAAGAGUUUAACCAAAAAUUCUGCAGAACUGAACAGGCCUUCCUGGCAUGUCAGAUGAAAGAGAAUGAGCUGAGGAGAAGCAGUGAGGAAAUGAAGAAGGAAAGCAACCUUCUUAAGAAUCAAUCUGAGCAAAGGGCCCGAGAAGUCUGCCACCUGGAGGAUGAACUCAAGAAGACCAAGCAGAAUUUAAACCAGAGCCAGAAGUUUGCAGAAGAAAUGAAAGCUAAGAAUGCUUCUCAGGAAAUAAUAGUAAGAGAUCUUCAAGGAAAAAUAAAUCAGCAAGAAAACUCCUUUACUUUAGAGAAACUGAAGCUUGCCCUGGAUGAUCUGGAGAAGCAACGAGAUUGUUCGCAAGACCUUUUGAAGAAAAGGGAACAUCACAUUGAACAACUGAAUGAAAAGUUGAGCACAACAGAAAAAGAGUCUCAAGCUUUAUUGAGUGCUCUGGAGUUGAAGAAGAACGAGUGUGAAGAAUUGAAAGAGGAGAGAACUCUGUUUGCUCAUUGGAAAAGUGAAAGAGAACACCUUUUAAAUCAGAUAGAAUCGGAAAAGGAAACAUUACAGAGUAAAAUUAAUCACUUGGAAACUUGCUUGAAGACUCAGCAAAUAAAAAGUCACGAAUACAACGAGAGAGUGAAAACAAUGGAAAUGGAAAGAGAAAACCUGAAUGCUGAGGUCAGAAACCUUCACAGUGUGGUUGACAGUAAGAGUGUGGAAAUAGAAGCACAGAAACAAGCUUAUACAGAACUCCAGCAGAAAGCCAAGCUCUCAGAGCAGAAACAUGAGAAGGAAAGAGAAAAUAUGUGUUUGAAAACUUCUAAGCUUACUGAACAAGUUGAAGAUCUAGAACAUAAAUUUCAGUUACUGUCACAAGAACUAAUGGACAAAGACCAACGUUACCAAGACUUGCAGGCUGAAUUUGAGAACUUCAGAGAGCGCCCGAGAUCCAAAGAUCCUUCUCCUGAGAUAAAUGAGGAGCAUCACAGUAGUGUUUCAACUUUUGUACAGCAGGCUGCAAUGAAUAACUCCCUUUCAAAGACAAUUGGAGAACCAGAAAGCAUGCCUUUAGAAAGCAGCAGAUGCCAUCCAGAAGCAGACCAAAGCUCCUCAGACUCUGCUGUUUUACAAAACAGAGUUGCUUCCCUCGAGUAUUCAUUAGAAUGUCAAAAGCAGAUGAACUCAGAUCUACAGAAGCAAUGUGAAGAGUUGGUGCAAAUCAAAGGAGAAAUAGAAGAAAAUCUCAUUAAAGCAGAACAGAUGCAUCAAAAUUUUGUGGCUGAGACAAAUAAGCCCAUUAAUAAGUUACAAGAAGACACUUCUGUUCAUCAAAAUGUUGUUGCUGAAGCUCUAAUUGCCCUUGAAGACAAGGAGAAGGAGCUGCAACUUUUGAAUGAAACAUUGGAAAUUCAGCAAGCAGAGUAUCAGAAAUUAAAAGAGAGCAGUGGUCUACUUGAAGACUCUCUAAGGGAGCAACAACUUUUGUCUGAAACCUUGAGCUCAGAGAAGAAAGAAAUGGGCUCUCUCCUUUCUCUAAGUAAACAAGAGAUUGAAGAACUAACCCAAGAAAACGAGAGUCUGAAGGAAAUGAAUGCAACCUUGAACCAAGAGAGAAUGAACUUGCUCCACAAAAGUGAGAAUUUUUCCAACUGUGCUGAAGAAAGAGAGAGAAGCAUUUCAGAGAUAUCUGAUCAGUACAAACAAGAAAAACUUAUUUUACAACAAAGAUGUGAAGAAACAGAAAGUGCAUUUGAGGGUCUUCAAGAAAACUAUGAAGUAGUACAAGAGAAGAACUCUAGAUUAGAAUGUUUGCUGAGUGAGUGUACUAGUCUUUGUGAAACCAGAAAGAAUGAGUUAGAACAGCUCAAGGAGACAUUUUCAAGGGAACACCAAGCACUCUCAACGAAAUUAGCUGUAGCUGAAGAAAGAAACCAGAGUUUAAUGCUGGAGUUGGGGGCUGUGCAGCAUGAUUUGAGAUCUGAGAUGACAGAUAUCCAAACCAAUUCCAAGGAUGAGGCUGAUGGGUUAAGGCAGGAGAUUAUGACUUUAAAGGAAAAUCAAAGUCAGAUGCAAAAGGAAAUUGAUGCUUUACUGGAAGAAAAGGAGAGCUUGAUGAAAUUAAAGACUGAGCCCCAAUAUCAAAAUCUAGAAUUGGCACCAGUCAGCAAUGCUGUGAGAGAAAGACAGUGUGCGAUAGAUAAAUACAAUGCUGAAUGUCAGAUGGAGCUUGACAUUGACGGCAUGCCUCUAGACAGUUAUAAUACACACUCAGGAGAGUUGGAAGCUGUGAUAAGAAACAUGAAACUAAAACUCGAGGAAAGUGAGAAGGGGAAGGCAUGUCUGCAGCAAGAAUUACACAGGAUUAGAGGAGAACUGGAAACAGGAAAUUUGAAACAAGACACUCAGUCACAAGAAAUUUGUGAUUUUAAAGAUUGCGAAGUAGACAAUGAAGAAAAGUAUGUAUCUGUGCUUCCUGAGCUGUCCGCCAGUCAAGAUGACCCCACACAUCUACAAUCUUCUUUACACACCGUAAUGACCAAGCUGAAUGAGCUAGAGAAAAUGUGUGAAAUAUUACAGGUGGAAAAGUGUGACCUAACAUCUGAUCAGAAUGACUCAGGAUUAGAAUCUCUUACAGCGACCAGCAAAAUAACAGAAGUAGAGAAACUAGUAAAUGAUGUUAAAAUAUUAAACGAUGAAAAUGAUCUCCAAGGUGAGUUAGUGAAACAGAUGCCAGAAGAGGAUUUUGAUGAGCAGCAAAAUGAGCAGAAGCCUCUGUCAUGGAGUCCUUUGGAUGACAGCAGUUUCCAGGAGCACUUGACACUGUCAAGCAAAGAACUUCAAAUGCAUUUUGUUGAAUUACAGGAGAAAUUCUCAUCUUUACAAAGUGAACACAAAAUCUUAUAUGAGCAGCACCAUCACAUGAGUUCAAAGAUGUCAGAACUUCAGUCCUAUGUUGACACAUUAAAGGCAGAAAAUUCAGUCUUGUCAAUGAAUCUGAGAAACUUGCAAGAUGACGUGGCGAAGGAUGUGACUGCGGAGGGACGUAUUCUGUCACUGUCCUUCUCUGGUGUGACUGAUAACUCUCUUCUUAAAAGUUUUGGGGAAUUCUCUUUUUCCAAAGAUCUUUUGGAACAGACAGGAGAAAUAUCUCCUUUGAAGAGUUUAGAAGACAGUGUUUCCGUGAAGCAGUCUGAUUCGGAUGAGAUAACCUGUAGCAGCCUGCAGGAGGGGAGUCAGAACAAGGAAGACAUUCCCUCUGCCCCUGUGACGUGUAUUGGAGACCUUGAGACUCUUUGUCAGAUGUACCUGCAGGCCCUCAAGAAGUUGGAGCAGGAAAUGGAAAGUCAAGGCACUAUGAAGAAUAAAGAAAUCCAAGAGCUUGAACAGUUGUUAAAUUUUGAAAGGAAAGAGCGUGAUUGCCUUCGAAAGCAGUAUAUGUCAGAAAGUGAACAGUGGGAACAGAAGCUGAAAAGCGUGACUGUGGAAAUGGAGUCUCAGUUGGCAGCGGAAAAAAAGCAGACUGCACACCUGUCACUUGAGCUAGAAGUCGCACGACUCCAGCUACAAGGUCUGGACUUAAGUUCACGGUCUUUGCUUGGCACUGACUUAGAAGAUGCUAUUCAAGGUGGAAUUGAGAGUGGUGACAUAAAAGAAUCCAAAGAACAUACUCUAAAAACUAAAGGAAGAAUACCAAAGCAAGACAUUCAUCAAAUUUGUGAAAAAGACAUUCAGCAGGACCUUAGUCUGGAAAUGGAGAAAAUAACCGAGACUGGUGAAAUCAAGCAGACCAGAAAAUGGUCUAGGGAGCAGUCCUUGGAAACGAACUGUACAACUCCAGUACAAGACAGAACUCAGGACUGUUCAGAGUGCAUUUCUGAAUCAUCUCUCUCUUAUUCUAGUGCUUUAGUGCCUACAGAUUUUCUAGAGAAUCAGGUAGCCAUUCAGAAUCUCCAACUACAGGUAAAAGAGACAUCAAACGAGAAUUUGAAAUUACUCUGUGCCAUAGACGAGCGUGACAAAAAGCUUGAAGCUUUGCUAAAUGAAAUAAAGGAAUUAGUUUCACAAAUUGAUUUACAGAAAGUACAAAUAACGACCAAGAUUGAGGCAUUCAUAGAACUGGAAAAAAUAGUAGAGGAACUUAAGAAAGAAAAAUCAGAUUUAAGAGAAAAAUUGGAAUUGUUCUCCUGUGGUAACUCAGAGUUAUCUCAGAAAGUAAAAACUUUGGAAGGUUUCAGUUCUAAUUUAGAUAUGACUGAUAAAGUGUCAGAUGAAAUUAUUGAAGAUAAUGUAGCCAUGGUGAAUGACAACUGGAAAGAGAAAUUUCUUUAUGUAGAAAAUGAGCUUGAGAGAAUCAAAUCUGAGAAAGCUACCAUGGAGCAUCACGCUCUCUCCAUGGAAUCUAACAUGGAAACAUUUCAGACAGAGAAGCUGUGUUUACAAAAGGACAUUGAAAACAAGCAGAAUGUUAUAACCUCUCUUGAAGAAGAACUCUCUGCUGUCGCAAUGGAGAGAAAUCGGCUUCGUGGAGAAAUAGAUACUGUGUCAAGAGAAAACAAAGAACUGAGUCAGAUGUCUGAAAAGAUGAAGGACAAAAUACAAGACCUUGAGUCUCGUAAUGGUGACUGUCUGCAUCGCAUUCAAGUUGUGGAGGCUGAGAUCGAGGCGAAGACAGCACAGCUUCAGACUUUGUCCUCUGAUGCAAAUGGGCUGUUAAAGGAGAAAGCUGAUCUCCAGGUGCAAUUGCAUACUUUGGAACAGGAUUCACAGGUACUCUCUUUGGUAAAAGGUGAUCUGGAAGACCAAAUUGGACAAUUGAAUACAGAGAGAGACUUGCUUGUAAGGGACUUAGAAAGCCUGCAGAAAAAAUUGAAUCAGUCAGAAGAUGAAAAAGUUACCUGCUCUAAGGCCUUAGAGGCUGCAUUAAUGGAGAAAGGUGAGAUUGCAGUGAGGCUGAACUCGACACAAGAAGAAGUGCACCAGCUGAGAAGUGGCAUUGAGAAACUGAAAGUCCGGAUUGAGGGUGAUGAGAAGAAGCAGCUCCAGGUCUUAGAAAAGCUGAAAGAAAGUGCGCGUCAUUCUGAUGUCCUUAAGGAUAAAGUUGAGAAUCUUGAACGGGAGUUGCAGAUGUCAGAAGAAAACCAAGAGCUUGCUAUUCUUGAUGCUGAGAAUUCCAAAGCAGAAGUGGAGACUUUCAAAGCAAAAAUAGAGGAGAUGGCAGAAAUACUGAGAGGUUUAGAAUUAGACCUUGUCACAAUAAGGUCUGAAAAAGAAAAUCUGACGAAAGAACUGAAAGAAAAGCAAAAUCAAGUGUUAGAAUUGGAGCCCUUGGUUUCGUCACUUAGGAGCCUCAUUGAAGAAAAGGAACAAGAGAAAAUACAGGCAAAAGAAGAAUGUAAGAUUUCUGUAGAGUUGCUUCAGACCCAAUUGAAAGAAGUAAAUAUGGAAAUAAUAGCCUUGUGUGAUAACCAAGAGACAUGUACAGCCCAAGACGAGACCCUGGACUCUCCGGCAAAGGAAGUGUGUCAACUGAGAAAUAGCAUCGAAAAGCUCAAAGUCCACCUGGCAGCAGAUGAAAAGAAGCAACUUGAUGUUUUAGAAACACUGAAGGAAAGUGAACAAAUUACAGAUUUACUUAAGGGUAGAGUAGAGAAUCUUGAAAGAGAACUAGAAAUUGCAGGACAAACUCGUGAACUUCUUGUUCUUGAUGCUGAAAAUUCCAAAACUGAGGUAGAGACUCUUAAAGCAGAAAUACAAGAGAUGACUGAAUGCUUGAAAAGUUUAGAAUUAGAUCUUGUCACAGUAAGGUUUGAAAAGGAAAAUUUGACAAAAGAGCUACAAGAAAAACAGUGUCAAAUGUCUGAGUUAGACACGUUUACCUUUUCACUUAAAAGCCUAUUAGACGAAAAGGAGCAAGAGAAAAUACAGAUGAAAGAAGAGGGGAAAACUGCUUUAGAUUUGCUUCAAACACAAUUGAAGGAAGUAAAUAGGAAAAUCCUAGCCUUGUGUGAGGACCAAGAGAUAUGUACAGCCCAAGAAGAAGGUCUGGGCUCUCCAGCAGAGGAAAUCUGUCGGCUGAGAAGUAACGUUGAAAAGCUGAAAGCCUGCAUUGCAGCCGACGAAAAGAAGCAGCUUCGCGUGUUAGAAACGCUGAAGGAAAGUGAACACAAUGCAGAUUUGCUCAAGGGCAGAGUCGAGAACCUCGAAAGAGAACUGGAAAUUACAGGGGAAAAACAAGAGUUUGCCGCUCUUGACGCCAAGAAUUCCAAAGCUGAGGUAGAGACUCUCAAAAUAAAGAUGGAAGAACUGGCCCAAAAUCUCAGAGAUUUGGAAAUAGAUCUUGUCAAUGUAAGAUCAGAAAAAGAAAACCUUUCAAAGGGGUUACAAACUGAGCAAGGGCGAGUAUCUGAAUUAGAAGGACUGAAUUCUUCAUUAAAAAAUCUACUGCAAGAAAAAGAACAAGAAAAUGUACAGAUGGAAAAGGAAUCUAAAGUUUCAGUGGAGUCGCUUCAAACACAAUUAAAAGAGCUAAAUGAAAAAGUCGCAGCUUUGUGUAUUGACCUGGAGACAUAUAAGUCCAAAGAACAAAAUCUGAGCAGUGAAGUAGAUUCUCUUGAGCGCCAGAAGGCUCAAUUGCUAAAAGGCUGUGAAGAAGCCAAGCAUAAUUAUAUUAAUUUGCAGUCUUCUGUGGAGGGCCUCAUUCAAGAAGUACAAGAUGGCAAGCGGAUACUUGAGGAGAAGCAUGAAGAAAUCAGUAUACUAAAAAAUCAAAUUAAAAAUCAGGAGCAGCUAGCUUCUAAACUGUCCCAGGUGGAAGAAGAACAGCAACUUUGGGAAAAGCGAAAAACAGAACUGGGAAAUCUGACAGUAGAAUUGGAGCAGAAGAUCCACGUGUUGCAAUCUAAAAAUGCCACUCUGCAGGACACCUUAGAAAGAAUGCAGAAUUCUUACAAGGAUAUUGAGAAGGAGCUUGAAUUGAUGAAAAUUGAAAAGAUAUCCUUUAUAGAAAAGGUCAAAACACUGACUGAGAAGGAAGUGGAGCUGCAGAGGGAAAUGCAGGAGCUGGUGCAGAGAACUGCAGUGGCCAAAGCAGAAUCUGAUGGAGAGAAAAACAGGCUCACCGAAGAGUUAAAAUUAGUGCUGGAAGAAAUCAAGAAUAUCAAAAUUCAAUUGAAGGACCUUAUGCUAGAAAACAGCGAAUUGAAGGAGAGUUUGGAUUGUGUACAUAAAGACCAGGUGAAAAAGGAGGAGAAGGUGAGAGAAGAAAUAGCUGAUUAUCAGCUGCAGCUUCAGGAAGCUGAAGAGAAACACCGGACUUUGCUUCUCGAUGCAAACAAACAACAUGAAAUGGAAAUGCAGACUUACCAAGAGAAGUUGGCUUCUAAAGAAGAAUGCCUCAGCUCCCAGAGGCUGGAGCUGGACCUCUUGAAGUCCACUAAAGAGGAGCUCAAUAAGUCUUUGAAAACUACUAAUGAAAUGUUAGAAGAAUUGAAGAAAACAAAGAUGGACAACUUAAAAUAUAUCAAUCAGUUAAAGAAGGAAAAUGAACAUGCGCAGGGGAAAAUGAAGUUGUUGAUCAAAUCCUGUAAACAACUGGAAGGAGAAAAGGAAAUGUUACAGAAAGAGCUGUCUCAUCUUGAAGCGACUCAGGAAAAACAGAAAAGAGGUGCUGUUGUGGAUGCUAAUGUAGAUGAAUUAAUGACUGAGAUUAAAGAGCUCAAGGAAACUCUUGAAGAAAAAACCAAUGAGGCAGAUGAGUACUUGGAUAAGUAUUGUUCCCUGCUUAUAAGCCACGAAAAUGUAGAGAAAGCAAAAGAGAUGUUAGAAGCACAAGUUUCUCGUCUGAGUUCUCAGCAGUCUAAACGUAAUCUCCGAAGUUCUUCUCCAUUGUCAAGCUCAGUUGUUCCAGAACUGUCUCCAGCCCCAUCUGUUAAUGAAAGGAAGAUGUCAGCCAGCCAAAGUAAGGUUUCAGGCAAGAGACAGCGGUCUAGUGGGAUUCGAGAGAGCGGUGGUGGACCAGCGCCUUCCACACCAGAGACGUUUUCUAAAAAGAGUCGGAAGGCAGCCAGCAGUGGUGCUCAGUCUGCAGGUGGCACAGAGGACGCUGGGUUUGAGCCAGAGGGGCUUCCAGAAGUUGUAAAGAAAGGGUUUGCUGAUAUCCCCACAGGAAAGACAAGCCCAUACAUCCUGCGGAGAACCACCAUGACCACCAGAACCAGCCCGCGCCUUGCUGCACAGAAGUUAGCACUGUCCCCCUUAAGUGUCCACCAAGAAAAUCUUGCUGAGAUCUCCAAACCAACAGCUGGUGGCAGCAGAUUACACAAGGGCAAGACUGCUCAGCAGAGCCCACAGGACUCAGACGCUGCCAUCCAAGAACCCGUCACAAAAUUCCUCUCCUCCAGAAACUGCUCUGAGAAACGCGUGGCUGACAGCCCCAGAGAGGGGCUGAGGGCCAAGCGAGUCCAGUUCGCCCCCAGCUCAGAUGCUGGACCUGAUCUCAAGAACAACGAGAACUGUAGGGUCCAGUAGAAGAGACUCCGUCUCCCUGGGUGUUGGGACUCCUGCCGAGGCAUUUCAUUAGUCGCAUGCUGAUAGGCAAGAAAGCCGCAGCCCUUUAGACCUCUAGAUGAGUGUUCGUCCUCUCGGCCCUGGCCGGGCAUUGGAAAGGACUUUGGGGAAAACUUUGUAACAAAGCAAAUACAUGCAACAACUUCUGCUUCUAGACAUUACUCUUAAAAAAUUCUCAAUCGAAUACUUCUAAUGAACAGCGUCUAGCAAAAUGUGAACUUUUGCUUUAUAAUGAGAAUUUUAGGCCAAGAAUUUCUUUGAGCUGAGUAAAUAAAGGAAUAUAGCAUGUUGUGUUCUGUCAAGGAAACAUGUAUAAUUAUGUAUAUGAGUGAGUGUGCUUAUUUUUCUCUUCCAGUGUGUUUUAUAAAUCUUUGUGUUUCUACACUGUACAUAUUUGUGUGUUGGGGAGGCCAGGAGGUAUGUUUAUUUCCAGUUAGUUUCCCUGCAGGCUCCUGUGUAGAAGAAUAUCAAGUUCCUGUCAGGUGUGCUGUUUUUUAGUGUGUGUGUUUAUUUUUUUUAAGACUACUUUGUUACAGUUCUUUGGCUUGCCUUUUCUUAUCUGGUGACACUGUAUUUAAUUAUGGUUUUCCUUGUU